CUCAAACAGUCCUUUAUAUUAAAAGCACCAUACAAAAAAAAAAAAAAAAACCCGCGUCUUCUACAAAAUUCUUCUUCUUCAAAAAAAAAAAAAAGAACCCGGACCCUUUUUCGUCUUCGCGUCGUCUCUUAGUAAAAAUCUGUUCUUCGCCAUUUCUUUUUUCUUUUUUGAUUUUCUGUUCAGUGGACAUUUUCAGUAAAAAUGUCUGCAGAUUUAUUAUCUGAAAGGCCUUUGUUCGGUGGAGCAAUCUCAACUACUUUUCCUCUUAGGUUUCAGGAUGUCAGUAACAUCAGGCAAGUUCCCGAUCAUCAGGAGGUUUUUGUGGACCCUGCACGUGAUGAGAGCUUAAUAUUUGAGUUACUAGAUUACAAGCAUGAUGUUGGAGAUGAAGGGAGUGCUGUCUGGUUUAUUCAAGAUCUUGCCAUUGAACAAGAUGGUGAAGGAUUCACGCUGCUUGAGCAGUCAACAGUGGUUGAGGCUCCUGGAUUGUGUUACAAAAACAUUCCAGCCAUUGUUACAACUGCAGUUGGCCAAAUGGCUGUUUCUAAGGGACGGCAAGGAAGAGAAGCUCAGAAUAUUAUCAAGGUCUAUCUUGCAAACAUACGUCUUAAGGAAGUAGGAACAGAUGUUCUGAUCACUGCAUAUGAGCCCAUCGUGAUAAAUCCAUUGAGUGAAAGUGCUAGUGCAGUUAGUGCAGGAUUAGCUAUUCCUGCGACGCAAUCUGGAUUCAUGCCGAUGGUUGAAAUCUUUAAACUAGCUGUUACAAACUUCAAAAUAAAUGACUGGGGCCUUUUUAGCCCUAGUGUUUGAGAUGCGCUAGAAGGCUGCUACUUGGCAGGUAAAGAAGUAACCUCUUUUUUGUCCUGAAACAAUGUUGAUGUUUUAUAUGCCUCGGCAGUUUUUGAUAUUUAUGCUGGGGUCCCUGAACCCUUUGUGAUCACGUUUUAGAAAUUGUAGAACAUUUAUUCACGUGUAUCAUGUAAUAGCUUGUAAUUUCAACAGUGGUUUUAGAAAGACUUUUGAUGGUAAAAGCACUUUGUUUAGUAUUGCUUUUGCUGUAAAAAGAGUGCUUUUAGUCAAAAAUACUACACACAUCACAAUGUAAUAAUGUAUUUAUUUUUUGUUGAUC